AUGGCGUCGUCGCUCUCGUCCCUCUCCUCAAUCCUGAACCAGCCUCACUGUGCUCUGCGCCUGAAGCUCCAGAGACCAUGCUGCUUCACUGUCAGGUUUCUCAAUUGGAGACCAGAAAAGUCCAGCUUCCGUAGCUACCACCACCACCAGCUGACGCCUCGACCGCAAAGGAGGAGUCUUGGUCCCAAUUUCUCCAGAAGCUUCUCUCAGUCUAACCCUAACCUUUCUUCUCUCCCGAACCAGUCUGAGAGCCCAAGCCUCCGCUGCUUCGUCGCUCAGGCUGCUCUCACCGCUUCUGAAGCCCAGCCCCAGAAUGUAACAGCUGCGGAAGUUUCAGAAGUUCCUCCAAUGGGACGUAUCUAUCAUGAGACUUAUGGGUGUCAAAUGAAUAUUAAUGAUAUGGAGAUCGUUCUGUCUAUUAUGAAGAAUGCUGGGUAUAGUGAAGUUGUUGAUGUUCCUGAGAAUGCAGAGGUUAUUUUCAUUAACACUUGUGCUAUUAGGGACAAUGCCGAACAGAAGGUGUGGCAGCGGCUUAAUUACUUUUGGUUUCUCAAAAGGCACUGGAAGAGCAAUGUUAAAAUAGGGAGGUCGCAGUCCAAACGCCCUCCAAAAGUUGUAGUUUUGGGAUGUAUGGCCGAGAGGUUAAAGGACAAGAUACUAGAUGCAGACAAAAUGGUUGAUGUGGUUUGUGGGCCUGAUGCGUACAGAGACUUGCCAAGAUUAUUAGAAGAUGUGGACUAUGGGCAGAAAGGAAUCAAUACUCUUCUUUCACUGGAAGAGACUUACGCUGAUAUUAGUCCGGUCCGAAUUGCUAAAAAUUCAAUUAGUGCUUUUGUUUCUGUUAUGAGGGGUUGCAACAAUAUGUGCUCAUUUUGCAUUGUUCCUUUCACAAGAGGCAGAGAGCGCUCACGUCCUGUGGAAUCAAUUGUGAGGGAGGUGGCAGAGCUUUGGGAAGAAGGUGUGAAGGAGGUAACACUGCUAGGCCAGAAUGUAAACAGCUAUAAUGAUGCCUCUGAGUAUGAAAAGGAAGUUGAAACAGGAACCAAUUGGAGAUAUAGUGAAGGCUUUUCCAGCAUGUGCAAGGUGAAAAAAGUAGGUUCUCGUUUUGCUGAUCUCUUGGAUCGACUUUCCACAGAAUUUCCAGAGAUGAGAUUUAGAUACACAUCCCCGCACCCGAAAGAUUUCCCUGAUGAGCUACUGUAUAUAAUGAGAGACAGACCCAAUGUUUGCAAAUCUAUCCAUUUGCCUGCUCAAACUGGAAGUAGCACAGUGCUAGAAAGAAUGCGUCGGGGCUAUAGCCGUGAGGCAUACUUAGAUCUUGUGCAAAAGAUUCGGAGAAUUAUUCCAGAUGUGGGCAUCAGCAGUGAUUUCAUAUGCGGGUUUUGUGGGGAGACAGAGGAGGAACAUGCAGACACACUGAGCCUUGUAAAGGCUGUUGGUUAUGAUAUGGCUUACAUGUUUGCAUAUAGCAUGAGGGAGAAAACUCAUGCACAUAGAAACUAUGUGGAUGAUGUUCCAGAGAAAGUGAAGCAGAGCAGGCUGACCGAACUUAUCGAGGCUUUCCGUGAGAGCACAGGUCAGUGUUAUGACUCACAGGUGGGAACUACCCAACUCAUCUUAGUAGAAGGACCCAAUAAGAGAGCUCCGGAUACAGAACUCAUUGGCAAGAGUGAUAGAGGCCAUAGAGUUUCGUUCGCUAACGUGCUGUUACCACAUCGAGAUGCUGAUUCAAAUGAGGAAAGGAAUCCCAUAGUUGGUGAUUAUGUUGAAGUGCGUAUUUUGAAAUCUACAAGAGCAUCCCUAUUUGGAGAGGCUGUUGCAAUAAGUAAAUUGACCUUGUUUUACGACAAUGUGGAGGAAGAAGCUGUUGCCUGUGGAAGUAGAAGUUGA